CGCCUUGUUGUCCUCUCAAGGACCCUGCUUAAUCCAAAUAUGGCGGCGUCCAUACGGGUGUGCUGUGCCCUCCGCAUCACUCUCGGAGGUGCUGCACCGCUGCGUAUCUUUGGGGGAGCACUUCAGGUGUCCCAUGCUGCGACUCGAGCCUCAGCCGGCUCUCUUCAAAGAAACCCUGCACUUCCAUUGGUUCCCCAGACAGCCUGGCAGCAAACCAGGCAUGGCAGCUUCUUCAACAAGUUGACGGCUGAAGAGUUAUGGCGAGGUGUGUUGGCGGAGAUGGGUGCUGGAGCCAGGAAGGGCCGAGGAAAGAGAACCAAACGCAAACUGAGGAGAGACCUGAACAGGGGACAGAUCAUAGGAGAAGGCCGCGGAGGAUAUCUGUGGCCUGGUCUUAACGUUCCAGUGCUGAGGGACGGGAGUCUCCAGAUCGUGAGUCGAAGAGGGGAGAGUGAGCAGCAGGAGGUGCAAGCUGAACUGGUGCGUCAGAGGGAUGAGUGGGAGAAGAAGCGGAAGAUGAGGGUGAAGAGGGAAAGAGGAUGGACAGGACACUCCAUGGGGGGCAUCAGCCUGGGCUCCCCGGACCCCGGACCCAACGGAGAGACUUAUGACGAGUUUGAUUCCCGCGUCAUUGAGAUGAAGAGUGUGUUCAACAUGACGGCCAAGGAGGGCAGGAAGAGGUCUGUCAGCUGCCUGGUGGCUGUGGGAAACGGGAAUGGAGCUGCAGGUUUCGCGUUGGGCAAAGCAGCAGACAGAAUGACAGCUAUGAGGAAGGCCAAGAACAGAGCCAUCCACUACCUGUACUACAUAGAGCGAUACAACAACAGAACCAUUUAUCACGACAUCGAGUCCAAGUUCAAGAGAACAACACUCCGCUUGAAGAAACAAAACGAAGGUUAUGGUCUGCACUGUCACCGGGCGGUCAUCACGCUGUGCAGGCUGAUCGGCAUUCAGGAUAUGUACUGCAAAGUGGACGGAUCAGUCAAUCUACUUAACAUCACCAGGGCUCUCUUCACUGGAUUAGCCAAUCAGGAAACUCACCAGACUCUCGCAGAGAAUAGGAAACUCCACGUCGUCGAAUUCCAGUCACAGCGAGGCCUGCUGCCCGUGGUGAUUGCGAGUCCUAAAGACGGAGCACAAGCAGACCCUGAGCCUGUAGACGAGAUCCCAGACACGAAGCUGAACUGGGGCGAUGUACGAGCCGCACACGGGACCAAACGUUCAAUCUGGGCAGGUGUCAAACGCACCAUCUGGUAGUGUGGGAGUGGACUAAUUACCUGAUCAGACCGCAGGAUGGAUGAAUGGACUCAUAGGGUGGCUACAAGAGUCAGAGGGGAGGGUCUCACUUUUGGCUUUGAUCAAAUAAAAAUGAAAGUUAGUGUGGAAUAUGAGCACUUUAUCCUCAAAAGAAUAUUGCAUUUGUUAAAAAUGUUCAAAUCUGGACAAUUCUGAUUGUCUUGUCAGCUGAGGAAUAAAGUUGCAUAUUCGUCAAACUGCAGAAAUCUCCACUGAAAACGUAAUACUCCAGAUACACCAAAUAAAGAUCAAUAUUGACAUGUAGUAAGAUGUUAAUGUCCUGGAUAUCUCGAGCUUCUUUAACUACAGAAUAAAAUGUUGUGUUCUUUACAUCCACAGAGAUUUUUUUUUUCAAAUACAGUAUGUACUGAAGAAAUAAAGCUGAUGUGUAAAAAAAUUACAGUGUGA